GGAUUUAUCCGGGGACCGGAAGGGAGGCUAUUUCCGGUGGAGCCCAAUGAUGGCGGUUCGAGGGUGAGGCGCCGGCAGUCACUCACCAUGAACCCGGAGACGGUGCAGCUGAGCCUGGGAUCGGGGGGAUCCACAGGCGGGGCCUCGGGGACGGCCACUGUUCCAAAUGCUGCUGCCUCUGCAGCAGAGACAUCUGUUUCAAACGGUGUUUAUGUACCUCAAGGGAUUGCCAAUGGGGAUGUCAAACCUGUUAUAUCAACAACGCCACUGGCAGACUUCCUUAUGCAAUUAGAAGAUUAUACCCCAACAAUACCAGAUGCUGUGACGGGGUAUUAUCUCAAUCGAGCAGGUUUUGAGGCUUCUGAUCCUCGAAUAAUUCGUUUAAUAUCUUUGGCCGCUCAAAAGUUCAUCUCUGAUAUUGCGAACGAUGCCUUGCAACACUGUAAAAUGAAGGGAACUGCAUCAGGAAGCUCCAGAAACAAAAGCAAGGAUAAAAAAUACACCCUCACCAUGGAGGAUUUAAUCCCGGCUCUUUCUGAAUAUGGUAUAAAUGUGAAGAAACCUCAUUAUUUUACAUAAAGAUCUGGAAGCAUCAUCAGCAAAUUAGUGACUACUUAUUAAUAUCCAGAACCUACUGUGCAGUGACAACUCCAGUGAUCUUUCAGAAACUUUGGUCAGAAACAAAUGCCACAAGUUAAAAUUUUCCAGUUUGAUGAACUGAAAAAUGGUUCUGAAUCUCCAUGCAACGUUUCGUCAUUCGGAAGGCUGCAUUAUUUUACAGCUGAUUUAUGCAUUUCAUCUGAAAUUGUUACUUGUGGUAGGGUUGAAAUAAUCUUUGGAUCUGUAUACAGAGUUUUGAAAGUUUAUUUUUCAUGUGUGAAGCUAGUCAAGAUCAGUUUAACAUAAGUUAAAAGCCUACAGAACAUAGUAACUUCUUUUAAAAAAAAAUGUUGUGUAUAUUAGCUUUUCAAAAGUAGCAAGCUAGUAUUAGCAAACGAGUAAGGGAUUAGCCAGAUUAUUUUCAGAUGCAGUUGUAUGUUUUUCAUAUGCAAGUCAAAAGUGUUCAUCUUUAAAUUUGUUCUCGUUUUAAAUAAAAUGUGGAGUGAA